AUGUCUGUGGCAUCCGAAGGCGAGGAAAUUCCCGAACAAAACGACAAUCUACCGCAACAACAAGAUGUGCAAAGCUUAAGGCGAAGUCGGUCAGCCGCGAAGGCGAACAUUACAAAGAAAAUCAAGGAGCUUACCGAAUGGAAAAUGGUUUGUGAGAAUAUUACAGAAGCCCGAGUCAAAGCUAAUGAAUUUACUGACGUGGUGGCGAAGUUUGAUGCCGCCCAUUCGAAAUAUCACUUUGCGAUAGACGACGAAUAUGAUAAAAUCGAUUCGGAAGCGUAUUUAGAGACAGAAAGGAAACGAAUUGACAAUUUUACACGUACACUGGAAGACUGGAUUAGAAGUUUGGAAAGUAGAUCUAAAGAACCCGAAGUAAGGUCAAGCGAAUCAGUCAGCAAUAUGGGAAAAGCUUCCCAUGCUAAAACAAGGAGUUCGAUUGCAAGUUCGCGUUCAAAAUCUGGCCAGUCUUCAACCGUUAGUGCCCGAUUGGCUGUCAGAGCAAGAAAGGCUGCGUUGGAAGCCGAGAAGGCAGAAUUAGCUAAACAACAAGCUUUAGAGCAAGAAAGACUGCAACUUGAACAGCGAAAGUACGAACUAAAACUCAACACCGAACUUGCGAAAGCCGAAGCUGAAAAACGAGUAUAUAGUGAGGCGGUUUAUGAUGAAACUCAAGCAACGUCUGCGCAAGACAAGUUAAGUAAUAAAACCGAAACGAAGCUAGAAGAGCAAUAUCACAAUAAAAGCCUUAAAUCACCAAAGGUUGGAGCGACUAUGCCCACUGAAGCUGAUUUCAAGUCCAAUACGACGUCUCGUUAUGCAAGAAAGAAUUUGGUUCCAAGCGACAAAGGGAAGGAGAGUGAUACGAGCUCCGUUAUUGCAGAAGACUUUUUGCGCAGUGUGACAAAUAUGCAGCAACAACAACAGCAUCAGAUGUUCGAUAUUCAAGAAUCCCGAGAUCAACAUUUACAGCAAUUGCUAAGUCACCAUCAACAAAUGACCUUGUCAAUGUCCCUGCCCGAAGUGCAAGUUCCAACAUUCACUGGCGACCCGAUUGAAUAUUGUCAUUUUCUGCGAUUUUUCGAAAAUUUAAUUGAAGCAAAGACAACAAGUCACAAUGCAAAGCUGUUCUACUUGGUCCAGUACACGGCGGGAGAAGUUCAAGAGCUGAUGCGUAGCUGCCUAAUGAUGCGGCCUGAGGAAGGGUACAACGCAGCGAAGAGACUUCUAAAGGAGAAGUACGGUCAAAACUAUAAAAUCGCAACAGCUUAUGUGAACCGAGUUACCCAAGUGGCACCAAUCAAGGCAGAAGAUGGCAUCGCACUUCAAAACUUUUCCGUGUUACUUGCAAGUUGCAGAAACACUUUGAAAGAAAUUGGAUACCUGAAUAAAGUUGAGAAUCCAGAUUGCCUGGUCAAAAUAAUCGAAAAACUUCCCUAUUCCCUGAGACAGAAAUGGAGAGAUGUUGCUGAUAAUAUUACAAACAAUAAGUCGAGAGAGAUAAUCUUCGACGAUAUGUUGUCAGAUUCGUUGAUGCGCGGGCUAGAGUUUUGAAUCACCCAAUCUUCGGAAGACUGAGCGUGAUACUCGAAGCAAACCCAAAGACUUUGCUGGGACGAAGAAUAGACUUAACUUCGGGAUCGACGGUCAGCGCACUGAUGAUGAAGGUGGUCGCAAGGUGGAAGUCAAAAGUUACAAGUGUUCAAUGUGUAACGGCAAUCAUAUCCUGCCACGGUGUAAUCAUUUCCAGAAAGAGUCUCUUGAAGGUCGACUCAAGUUUGUUCGUAAACGAGGACUAUGUUACAACUGUUUGUUUCAAAGUCAUAUUGCUACAUCAUGUCCUAAGAAUAGUUUCUGCAAAGUGAACGGCUGCCAAUUAAAGCAUUCUACAUAUCUGCAUUCUAAAAGCAACCCUCGUGUCGCUGAGAAGUCGUCUGGUCCUGAUGUCCCAAAUAAUCCUGACAAUUGCGCGAAUUACGACUCGCGUGUCAACAACAACGGUUGUGUGAAUGCCACCAAGGCUGGAAAUAAUGUCAACGGGGCCGGUGUAACGGCGACUGGGUUACCAUUAGUACCCGUUAAAGUAAGAUGCUCUGGUUCAUCUCGAGUCAUUACAACGUACGCGUUCUUGGACUCAGGGUCUAACACGACAUUCUGUACGGAUGAAUUGUUGAAUCAACUUCGCGUUCAAGAAAAAAAGACAACUCUGUCAUUAACAACCCUACAGCACGAGGAUUGUACAGCCAACUGCAGCAUGAUUAGUUUGGAAGUCUUCAACCUGGAUGAUGAUAACAUGGUUGAACUCCCUAUGGUGUUUUCUACUGAAAGUUUACCUAUCAGUGAAUCCAGCAUUCCUCGGCAAGAAGACGUCGACAGAUGGCCUUAUCUUAAAGAUGUGACGCUGCAGAGAAUUGACGCUCCAAUUCGUCUUCUGAUUGGAAAUAAUGUACUCAAGGCACUCGAACCAAAGGAAGUAAAAGAGUGCAAUGGAAAGGUACCGUAUGCUGUAAGAACAAUUUUUGGCUAGACGGUUAAUGGCCCACUCGGAAGAAACGAAACCGUGCAUCAUUGUGCAAACUUGAUUCGAUCCGACCAUGGGCUCAAUGAACAGUUUCGAAAAUUUUGUGAUAUGGAGUUCAACGACUCAGUAUUUGACAGCCAAUUGGAAAUGUCGGUGGAGGAUUGUCGUGCGCUUGGAGUGAUGGAAGGCUCGGUACAAUUAAAAGACGGACAUUAUGAAAUAGCAUUACCAUGGAGACAUUUCCCUCCUUGCUUACCCAACAACCGUCCGUUAGCAGAGCAUCGCUUGAACCUUCUGAAGAAAAGGCUUCUCAAAAACUCAGAUCUUUAUUCAAAAUAUUCAGAAUUCAUGGAUAACUUGCUAACCAAGGGCUAUGCUCGUAAGGUCUCCGAUAGUUCAACUGACCCACCUCAGCAGCCUUUGUGGUAUCUACCGCAUCAUCCAGUAAUCAAUCCCAAUAAACCUGAUAAGGUUCGUGUCGUUUUCGACUGUGCAGCAGUGUUCCAUGGGACGUCAUUUAACCUCCAAUUGCUGCAGGGUCCAGAUUUAACGAAUACUCUAGUCGGAGUUUUAAUUCGUUUCAGAGAAAAUCCUGUGGCGCUGAUGGCCGAUGUCGAGUCAAUGUUCCACCAAGUGCGAGUUACUUCUAACGAUUAUGACGCAUUGCGCUUCUUCUGGUGGUCUCAAAACGAUCUCAACGUAGAACCCGAGGAAUUCCAGAUGUUGUUUCAUUUUUUUGGUGCCACAUCCUCCCCCACCUGUGCAAAUUUUGCACUGCGAAGAACUGCAGAUGACAACCUGAGCGACUUUGAUAUUACGGUAUUGGACACGGUCAAUAGAAACUUUUACGUUGACGACUGCCUAAAGUCUGUUCGCGAUGAAGACGAAGGUGUUUCGUUAGCUAAUGGCCUUACGACAUUGCUGGCUCGUGGGGGAUUUCAUCUGACAAAGUGGAUCUCAAACUCAGCUCGAGUGAUUCAGUUAGUGCCUGAAGAAGAAAGAUCUGGUUCUGUCAAAGAUUUGAAUUUCGACCAACCAACAAUACAACGAAAAGAGAAACUAGCAACACGACGAGGGUUACUUUCAAUUGUGAGUUCAGUAUAUAACCCCCUUGGGUUCGUUGCACCAUUCAUACUACCAGCAAAGAUACUAAUGCAAGAGCUAUGUAGGAGAAAGUUGAGCUGGGAUGACCUGAUUGAAGCCGAUCACGUUAAACGCCGGAACACUUGGCUAAGAGAAUUACCGAGAAUUGAGCAGCUUCGGGUUCCAAGAUGCAUUAAACCUACGAAUUUGCCAGAAAUCGUUUCAACGCAGUUACACGCGUUUGCAGAUGCCUCACAGCGUGGCUACGGUGCAAUUACUUACAUUCGGUUUGAAGAUAUUGGUGGCAACGUCCAUUGUUCAUUUGUGAUGGCUAAGUCAAAAGUGGCUCCUCUAAAGGAAACAAAAUUCCACGACUGGAAUUGUCAGCUGCUGUUGUAGCCUCGAAGCUUGACAAGAUGGUACGACAUGAAAGCGAUAUUCGAAUCGACGCCUCUCAGUUUUGGACCGACAGUACGUGUGUUCUGGGUUAUCUGAAGAACGAGAACAAGAGAUUCCAGACGUUCGUUGCUAAUAGAAUUGCCACCAUUCUUGAAGCGAGUUUACCGAUUCAGUGGAGAUAUGUUACCAGUGAGCAAAAUCCUGCAGACGACGCUUCAUGGGGGCUAACUGCUGACGCGUUGCUAAAUAAGCUUCGAUGGAUAAAUGGUCCUGAAUUUUUAUGGAAAUCCGAGAAUUACUGGCCGAGUAAACCUACCAUAACUCCCAUAAUUCGCGAUGACGAUCCAGAAGUGAAGUUAACAACGCAAGUUUUUUCACUUACGAACAGUUCACAAGUUACGACUGAUGGAAUUAUCGAGAGAUUCUCGUCAUGGGAUUAGCUGAAGAGAUUUGUGGCAUGGAUACUUGGUUAUCGUACAAACUUACGUAAAGCCGCUGCUGAUACAGCUAAGAUGACUAACAUCGCAACAAGAAGUCCAAACUCAGAAAUUAAAUCGCUUACUGUGGACGAUAUGCUGGUUGCAGAAAGGGAGAUUGUGAAAUACGUUCAGGGCAGAAGUUUUCAAAAUGAAUUGGCUCGUCUCAAUGGUGUUAACGCGCAGAACAACAAAGCAACAAGGUCUUUAGAUGGCCCAGUCAGGAAGACAAGUCCCAUCUACAAACUCGAUCAGCAAGUAAGGAAUCAACUUCUAUGUGUCGGUGGACGUUUGGCGAAUGCUCCUAUCUCAGACGAAAGCAAACACCCAUUAAUCAUCCCGAAGAACAGUCCAAUUUCGAAACUGAUUUCAAGACAUUACCAUCAGUUGGCAGGACAUAGUGGUCUGGAACACGACCUUUGAAAGUAUGUUCUUGCUACACAAGGAGAAAGCUGAUCGACAGAUAACUGAUCUUGUAAACAAAGUAAAAAAUUUAACUGCUACAGUUAUGCUACAGAGCCAACAAUUGCAAGAAAUGAGAAUGAGCAUUAAUGCCCAUAGAAAAAGUAAUGCAACUGAAUUACAAGAAAAGGGUAUCCCAAGUCAAGGCAAACCUCCUGCUACCCAUGACCAAAUUCUGUGUAGGAGUUUCGGCACUCAGACGACAGCAGUAGAAGAUCAAACAGUUAAACGGCCUGGGAAAAAUCCUCCACCCAGGGACUUUGUCAACCAGCUCAAGAGCUACAAGGUGACCCAAAGAGACAAGUUCGAAAGCCUAAAACCUCGACAUGACGAAAGAAAAACCCGAAAAGCAACGAAACCAAAAAAUUCUCAUCAUGAGCAAGGCAAAAAUCGUAAAUCAAUGAAGCCAAAGAUUCCUAUACAAGCUGAAAACAACAAGAUUAGUGAGCUGGAACGAACAAUCAAGAAUAUUGAACAGGAAAAUGAGUCUCUCAAAACAAUUAUGCAAAUCCAAAAAGAUGAGUUCAAUCAAGCACUCCGUGAAAAAGAAGACAAGGAAAAUCAUCGCCCAUGGCAAAUUUUCAAGCCAAAACAGACCAUCGACUUGAAAGGCAAGCAAAACAAAAGAAAACGCGAAUGGACAAACCAAAAUCCAAUUCAUAUAUCAACUUCAAAUCAAUAUGAAAGCCUUGAAAGCAAAGAAAUCCAAGAGAACGGGACAAAAACCGACAAGCCAACAAAUGUAGAAAACAAGGAUAAACUUAAAAAUACUGUAGAGAAUUCCAAAUCGACGCAUCCACCGAAAAAGCAAGGGAGUACAGUCAUAAUCGGCGAUUCUCUACUCAAAGGUCUUCGCCAGCAUUCAACAUCAAAAGCGGUUAAGACAAAAACGACAGUUAAAUGCUUUCCAGGAGCGAAAGUCGAUGAUUUGAAUGACUAUUGUAUUCCAGUUUUGGCAACAAAGCCUAAACAUGCUAUCAUACACUGUGGAACAAACGAUCUUCGUACUAAAAACCCGCAAGAAAUAACGAAGCAGAUGGGGGCUUUAUGUGAUUUUAUAGUGCGAAAAUGUCCUGAUAUACAUAUCACGGUAUCAUCUUUGAUCACUAGAAAUGAUGACCAAGACAAAAAAGUCACCAAGGUAAAUACGCAACUUCAAUCACUAUGCUUACAGAAGGGUCUUAGCUUUCUACUCCAUGACAAUUUAGACAAGAAAUGUAAAAGGUAAAACCCUCUCUGAAAAAAAGUAAGGUAAAACCCUAGGUAAAACCCUCUCUGAAAAACUCCAAAAACUGCAAAACAGAGCCGGUAGGAUAAUAACCUUCUCCGAUUAUGACGUAAGAUCAGCUGAUAUACUACACAGUCUUGGUUGGAAAACUCUUGACCAACGUCGUGAUAAACAGCUCGCAACAAGUAUUUACAAAGCAGUGAAUAAUUUACAUCCCAACGAGCUUAAUACUAUUUUUGAACCUACCUCGCAAGUCCACUCUCACAAUCUUAGAGGUAGUUCGCACAGUAUGUUCACCCAGGUGCUUAUUUUAUGUUCAACCAGGUGCUUAUUUUAUAAAAGGAGCUUCGGCUACCGUGGGGCUGUGUUAUGGAACGAUCUUCCGGAUGAAAUAAGAAGUCAGGCUUCAAUAUAUCUUUUCAAAAAUAAACUUUCUAACUUUCAAAUUUAAUACUAAGAUUAAGUAGUUGUAAAUAUGUUAGGAUUAUAUAUAUAUAUAUAUAUAUAUAUAUAUAUAUAUAUAUAUAUAUAUAUAUAUAUAUAUAUAUAUAUAUAUAUAUAUAUUCUCAUUUCUUUUGUUUUUUUGUAUUUUUACAUGGCUCCUUGCAAGAGCACUUUAGUGAAAGGACACCAUGUUAUAUAUAUAUAUAUAUAUAUAUAUAUAUAUAUAUAUAUAGCUCAUUUCUUUUGUUUUUUUGUAUUUUUACAUGGCUCCUUGCAAGAGCACUUUAGUGAAAGGACACCAUGUUACCUAUUUAUGUAUUUUUUUAAUAAUAAAGCUUCAUUGAAGAAAUGUCUAAAUCAAUCAGGACUUCACCUAAACAAAUUUGGAGACUCUAUUUUAGCCAAAAAAAUUAUUGAAACAAUAAAACGUUUUUAACCUAGAGCCUGAGUAUAUUCCGACCUGCAGCACACCAGUAAUCAAUUUGACCACUGCGAGCAUGCCUGAAAAUCCGUGUGUUUAUGGUAAUGAGUUAAUGUCAAAUGAAGCAAACUUAAGCAAAAAUAAACUGGAUAUUCUAAAAGGCUUCAGAAUUGCUCAUUUAAACAUAACCUCUUUACCUAAAUACAUUGAUCAAUUAAGAACUUAUCUGGUCAACAAACCAGUUUAUAUAUUCACAAUUAAUGAGACCAGGUUAGAUGAGUCUAUCAAUGAUGUAGAGGUUAAUAUCAAAGGAUAUAACCUCUAUAGAAAAGAUAGAUGUAGAUAUGGUGGCGGUGUAGCUAUUUACACUAGGGAUGUUCUGAAUGUGAGGGAAAUGUCUCCGUUUGUCCCGGAAAACAUCGAAGCUGUUUGUCUAGAAAUCACCAAACCUAAAUCUAAACCAAUGUUACUCACUACUGUUUACCGACCUCCAAGUUCUAAUGCUAGUUUUAUGGAUGAUUUGGAAAACUAUUUUCACAUAUUAGAUGAACAAGACAAAGAACUAAUUCUCACAGGGGAUUUAAACUGUGACCUCUUUCUCCCAGUCUUGCAAAGCCAUUCACGUAGACUUAUGGACAUCCUUGAACUAUUUCAAAUUAAUCAAGUGAUAACAGCUGCCACACGUAUAACGGGUAACACUGAAUCAUUACUUGACAUAAUUGCUACAAAUCGUCCUGAUAAAGUAAAGGAAAGUGGCGUAUUUCAUUUAGGUAUUAGUUAUCACAGUCUUGUACAUAUGUGCCUAAAAAUAUCGUUACCUCGCGAAAAACCCAAGAUUGUAGAAAGUAGAAAUUUAAAAAACUAUAAUAUUAAUGAUUUCAAUAACCACAUUUCUCAUUUAUUGAGUAACGCAGAUUGGAAUCAUAAAGAUCCAGAUCAAUCAUGGGAUCAAUUCAAAACCAUAUUCAACUACGUAUCAGAUAUUUAUGCUCCAGUUAAAACUAGAAAAGUUAGAAGCACUUAUGCUCCAUGGCUAACUACUGAGAUUAGGUGUGAGAUGAAUAAGCGUGAUUACUUAAAAAGAGAGCAGUCAAAAUAAUUCCAAGAGCCUUCGUCGAGUUUAUCAGGCAAAGCGAAAUGAAGUAAACAAAUUAAUUAGAUCUGCAAAAUUUCGAUAUUGUAAGGAUAAUAUUGAUCUAAAUAAACACAAUCCUAAAGAGAUGUGGAAAAAUAUUAAUCAGGUCAUCAGUGGAAAGGGUCGGUAUUCUAAAACCACCACCAUAUCCGCAAUUAAAGAUGAUCUGGGCAAUACUAUCCAUGAUGAAAAGUUAAUAGCUGACCAACUCAAUAAAUACUUUGUUGAAAUUAGUCCAAAAUUAUCAAAUAAAUUGCCUGCCAGUCCUAAAGUUUUUUCGGAAUACCUGGAUCUAGUAGAUUGUGAAUUCCAAUUCCUUAUGAUAAAUGAUGACACUGUUUAUAAGAAAAUAAUGAAACUCAAACCUAAUAAGGGAGCUGGUCCAGACAAAAUUCCUCCAAAACUAAUAAAGGAUUCUGCAGUCGUUAUCACACCCUGUUUGAACCUCAUUUUUAAUCUAUCCCUAUCAGAAGGGAAAUUUCCUGAUGACUGGAAGAAGGCUAGAGUUUCCCCAAUUUUCAAAUCUGGGAAUCGAGAAGAAUGCGGCAAUUACAGACCUAUAAGUAUUUUAUCCGCCAUUUCGAAAAUUUUCGAAAAAAUUGUAUUUGACCAGCUAAGUCAGUAUCUUAUAACAAAUAAGAUUUUAACCGACUAUCAGUCAGGUUUCAAAAUUAAAAGGAUAUUCUACUUGUUCUUCCUUAUUAAGAACAACUAAUGAAUGGUUAGUUAACAUGAAUAAAGGCUUGAUAAAUGGCGUUGUUUUUCUAGAUCUAAGAAAGGCUUUUGAUACAGUUGAUCACAAUAUAUUGAUUAAAAAACUAGAACUUUAUGGCCUCAAAAAUAAUGCCCUUCGCUGGUUCAUCUCAUAUCUAAGUCACAGGAAACAAAUUUGUAAAGUAGGGAUGUCUGUUUCAAAUGGUAAAAACAUCACAACAGGCGUGCCGCAGGGGUCAAAUCUAGGUCCUUUUCUCUUUUUACUCUAUAUAAAUGAUCUGCCGAAUUGCCUUGAUUCUUCAAUACCAGCACUUUUUGCUGAUGAUACCAAUCUUACUACCAGUGGUUCUACCGCAAGUGAGAUUCAAGAUAAUUUAGAAAUUGAAUUAAAUAAAGUUCACAUGUGGCCUUUAGCCAACAAGUUAACUUUGAACCUUGAUAAAACUGAGUAUAUGCUAAUUGGAUCAAGACAAAGGUUGUCCCAAGUUAGUUCUGACCCAGUCCUAACGAUGGGCUCUGAGGGCAUCAAACGUGUUUUAUCCACCAAAACGCUUGGUGUAGUGGUUGAUGAAUGCAUCACCUGGAAAGAUCAUAUUGAUAAAGUGGCCAAAAAAGCUGCAAAAGGGGUAGGAAUAUUACGGAGGUCUAAACAUUUAUUUGACAAAGAUACUCUUAAAACCGUUUACAGCGCUUUUGUUUUACCUCAUUUUGAUUAUUGCUCAUUGGUAUGGAACAACUGUUCCAAAACCCUGCAAAAUAAAUUGCAAAAACUCAAAAAUAAAGCCGGCCGAAUAAUCACAGGUGAUUGCUACGAAACUGCCUCAGAAAUUGUCAGAACUAAACUUUCGUGGGACACUUUAGAGGCAAGGAGAGAGAAACAAUUAGAAACUUUAAUGAUACAAAUAAUGAAAGGUAAUUCAACUGAUUACUUCCGCAAGUUCUUCACAAUGUGUACGAAUCAAACGUAUGAAUUAAGAAGUAACAAUCAUGUUCUCCACUUGCCCAAACCUAACACCAACGCGUAGUUUUAGUUAUAAGGGGGCUGCAGCUUGGAACAAUAUCGAUGACAAAAGUAAAUUUUAACCGCAUGUUUUAAUAUUUUUACAUUUUUUACAUACAUAAAUAAUUACCAGUACAUAUUUUAUAUUUAUGAUAUCUUAAAUUAAUUUUGACACAUGGCCAUCUGAAAAUCAACCUUUUUAGUUUUGCCUGUAUAUUUUCAACAUAUUUUGUAAUUAUAAUUAUUUUUGAACUUUGGUUGAGAUGCUACCGUGUAUAAAUAUUGGUAAAUAAAAUAAAAAUCAUUAAUAAGAGAACGUUUUUGGAUAAUUGGAGCACGAAAUACUCUGAAAGAAAUCCUGAGACGUUGCGUAGAUUGCAGAAAAAGACAAGCAGCUGUUGGUGAACAAAAAAUGGCAGAUCUCCCAGAGCAUCGUGUUACGCCAGACAAAGCGCCAUUUACAUUUGUGGGAGUGGACUGUUUCGGACCAUUUCUCAUAAAAAGAGCUCGAAGUCUUGUAAAGAGAUAUGGAGUUUUAUUUACGUGUUUGGCCAUACGUGCUGUUCAUAUUGAAGUGGUUCAAAGCCUUGAUACAAGUUCGUUUCUUCAUGCCCUUCGCAGAUUCAUUGCCAGGAGGGGUCAAUCGCAGGUGAUCAGAUCCGACAACGGAAGUAAUUUUGUUAGUUGUGAGAAAGAAAUUCGCACAGCAAUUGAAAGUUGGAACCAAGAGAAAAUCCACCAAUUCCUCCUGCAACAAAACGUCAAAUGGAUUUUUAACCCUCCCUUAGGAUCCCAUCAUGGUGGAGUUUGGGAGCGCUGUAUCAGGACAGUUCGCAAAAUCAUAAUGGCACUUCUAAAACAGCAGUUCGUGGACGAUGAAUGCCUGACAACUAUCAUGUGUGAAGUGGAGUCUAUAAUGAACAGUAGACCGUUGACGAAAGUAUCUGAUGAUCCGAAUGACUUGAAAGCUUUGACCCCAAAUCAUUUGCUUCUGCUGCGGCCAGGACCAACACUACCUCCCGGAAUCUUCAGCGACAACGACUUAUAUUGCAGACGUCGAUGGAGACAGGUUCAAUACCUAUCUGAUGUUUUCUGGCGCCGCUGGUUGAAAGAGUAUCUGCCCGAACUACAACGGAGACAAAAAUGGAUGAAUCCUCGACAAAAUUUCACUCCAGGAGAUAUCAUGUUAAUAGUCGAUGAAACCUCACCAAGAUCAUUAUGGCCGCUUGGACGUAUAGUGAGAGUAAAACUCAAUUCCAAGGAUGGUUAUGCGCGAAGAGUCGUUCUAAAGACAAAAUCUACAGUCCUUGAACGUCCAGUGGACAAAAUCGUGCUGUUAGAAGCCUUAAAUUGAACAUGUAACAUAUCGCUUUAUGAUAACGGUUUAAAAUCUAUAAUUUAACAUAACGUAAAUGUUUUCUACGAAACAUAUCGGGGCCGGCAUGUUGAUUUCAAACCGAAGGACAAAGAAACAAUAUAAUUAGUUACGCAUGAGUGACACUUUGUGAGUUUUGUGAUGUGUUGUUUAUGUUUUACGUAAAUUAACAGUAUUUAAGCUAGGUGCUCAUAACCUUUCAGCUAUCUGUAUAUUGUCUUGCCGCUGUGUUUAUGUCAAUGUUCUGAUUUUCUAGCGGACAGAAAACUAAAUCUGUAAGUCGUCUUAUAUUUUGUACAUGUAUAUAGACUAUAUAGUUGUACUCUAUUUGUUAGUUGCUUAUCUUAGUAAUAAUUUUAUUGUAAUGUUUGUUGUAGUUGAGCCGUCAAAGGAAUAAAAUAUAUGUCGCGUUCAAAUUAAAGUUUGGUUACGAUUGAGUCUACAUAAGUUUACAACCAAAAGUUCGCAUAGUUUUAGUUCGCUUGACCACUGACAUUGGAUGCUUGCAAAAUAUUUAAGUUAUUUUGGUUUAAUACCAAGAGAUCGACCUUGAUCUUGGCCCUAGCUGUUACGUAGUUUCAAGUGCUCUAAAUUUCCUCCGUGAACAGGUGCGCCAGGGAUUAACAUUAAAUGUAAUUAAAUUGUUACUCACUUAUCUAAUUGGUUCAGGUGUGACAUAAAAACCCAUAUUUCGUGGAACAUAUUUUUAUUUAUCUCUCCACCUUCCUUUCGAGUUAGUGAGGAUCAAACAGCGUUGCAUUAACCGAGCUUGGUUUACUGGCAUGCAGGCACAAUGUUUUGACGACAGUUUUAUGGGAAAAAUUUUGGCUAUGAAUAUAGUUCAUAGCCGCUUUAUUGAAAAUAUUUAAUAAAAUAACAUAUUUUCUGACAUCAAAGUAAUACUGAAGUCUAGAUUGAUUAUAUAAGUGUUCUAUUGCCAGUAAAGGUGGCAGGAAUAUACGCCAAAGGCUUUGCAUUUCGCUCUAAACAUUGAGGGACGAAUCAAAAGACUCCCCACCCGAGAAAAUGCAACGCUACAUGACCUCAACCAUACACGAAUUAUUUUACGUAUUAGAAAAUUCUGAAAGAACGUCACGACAUAUAAACCUGAAAAUUUAUGAAAAUUGAAGACUGUCGCCCUUGCAGACUGCUCCAAAACUAGCAUACACGAUAUAUGGAAACUGGUAUAAAUGUGCUAUACCUAGCGAAGUCGUUGAUCAGCCGCCCUUGCAAGCUGUCUGAAACAUGUUUUACAACGUGAUAGCAGUAACUCCUGCUGUCUUGUCAUUAUUAAACUGAGUAUUACGAAAAAAUGGCAACUGCCCUUGCUAACUGCUGAAACAAGCCUUUUAAAAGCGUAUAGCACAAAGCGAGUUGCACAUGCAACCAGACAAUAAUUUGAUAAACCUAAGAAAAACGUGGGAGAAAGGUAUUGUCAGCCCCUGUAUGACAACAUCGCCCUGCCACCCUUAAAGCCUCCACCAGACAACACCCCGCAUUGUUGUCCGGGGGAGGGUUAAACAGCUAUAAUUUAUGACGCUGUAAGGGUUGAAAGUCGAAUGUAUUUGUGAAAUGCAUUGGACUUCCAACGACCCAAGACGCGAAUCUCCGCAUCAGACAAGCCCUGUUCAGCUGCGAAUGAUGCUGCGCCAAUUCGGAAACUGUGAAAUAGCAUCGUGUGUUAUAAAUAUAUAUAUAUAUAUAUAUAUAUAUAUAUAUAUAUAUAUACAGGGUGUAUAAAAAAAAGCGCAAUCCUCGACUGAAAUGUAAAUUGCUAAACAAAUAAUAGACGAAAACGUUAAAGUUUACAUUCAUUUUAAAGCGUAGCCAUUCAGCUUUCUAACAGUCGGUUGUUUCUUAAAUUUGACCCAUUGGUUCGCGGGUAAUAAUACUUUACGUUAUUGCGAUUGGAGAUUAAAAAAAUUGAGAUGGAAUAACAAAUCGUUCUCAUGAAAAUAACUGAUUUUUUCAUUAAAACAAAAAAAUGUUGCAUUUUAUUAAAUGGAUUGUAACAAUAAGUAUAAUUACGGCUUUUCUUCCACUAUUUUUAACUCAGUUUGAAACUUCAAAUGCAAUAUAAUUUUGGCUUGGACCAUCCAAGCCGACUGACAUCAACUUGCUAUAAUUUCUGUUUACAUUACAUCGCAAUUCGAUGACACUCUGGCUCAGACACCAAAAUGUUUUGACGAUUUUUAGCAUUCGUUUAGGAUUUUCAAACAACCUGGUCUCUUUUAAAAUACUUUUAAUUUGUUCUUACGUGGUUUUCCAGAUGUAGUGACGACAACAUUAAAGUUUAAAGAAGAAAAUUCUAACAUUUAAACCGACUAAACAAUAACAUAGUAAACUAGCAUAAUUAAACAGCAACUAAAAAUGAUAGGUUUUACUAAAUCUUUUCCUGUGCAAUUAUUACAAGCAUUGGAGACAAGGAUAAUAGUUUAUUUGAAAGAGAAAAGAACAGGCUUUGAAGUAAGCCUAAAAGCGUUUAACUACAGAUAGUAUUUCGAAAGUUAUUAAGCACAAAAGAUGAAUUGCGUUUAUUUUGAUACACCCUGUAUAUAUAUCAUUGUGUGUUUAAUUUAGUGUGUGUUAAUAUGUUUUUAGAUAAAAUUCAUAGAUGAAAAUAAAGUGUCAAACUUAAGUGUACAGGUAAGCAUGCAUGCACGUGUCCGUGUUUAAAGAUUUAUAGAGAAUUACCUCAUUUGCAAAAAGAAUUGAAUUGCUGAGGUAUCACAAAGAUUGCAAAAUGAAUGAUCCCCCAUGGAUGACUGUAUUGACAGUGUAGAAAGUAAAUAAGAAGGUGUGAAGUUGUACCACGAGCUCAAGGAACUUUGGGCAAAAGCAAGUAUGAAAGCCAGAAAGUAUCUAACUCGGCUAAAGUAUUAGAAGUAAUUCGCCAUAAACGACCAGUGCAUUUUUUAAAGUGGCACUCUCGUCAAAAUGUUUAUUUUCUUAAUUAAACGAAAAUGCUUUUAAAACUGUAUACUUACUUGUUUUGAAAAUUUUUGUUUCCAUGCUUUAUUCUUGAGAUAUUUCAUUUUGUUCGUAACCAUGUGAUGUCAUUUACUCAAUUACAUAUAUAACUAGAAAUACAUGCAUGCAACAACCCCUCGCCUAUAUUUUCCAAACAUUGUUUCAGCAUGAAGUAUUCUUAAUUAUGCAACCAAACUGAACGCAGGCUCGCGUUGCCACGUCAUGUUAGUCAUGGCAACACGAUAUUGUUUUUUUAAUUUUUUGUACAAACCGGGAAAAAAUAGAUGAAAUUUGAACACUUUUAAAUACAGAACUAUCAAUUUCUAGAAUAUAUAAAGUAGGUAUAAUAUUUUGGUUUCUACGGGCUUUAUUUUAAUGUAAAAUUCAAAACGAAACUCUACGUAAAAUGUUUUUAAAUGUGAAUUGAAAUUAACUGCUUUUUGCCGAUAUAUAAAACUUCUCAACUGGAGCUUCAACUUAUUACUCGCACUUUGAAAUGAAACAAAUAUAAUUUGUACAGGAUACCAAUGAAAAUAAUUUGCUUUCCUUUUUAUCAUUGACUUCUACAAAAGUUAAUUUAACUAAGAAACCUUCGCAGACAAUGCUUAGGAAAGACUUGAACAUUAAAAACAAAGUCUAUAUUAUUAAAUACAAAGUCAUACAUAAACACAAACUUGCCCUAUACUUUAGGAUUUAUCAUACAAUAUCAAUUCUUAUGAAUGUUUACGUUUAAAAAUUGCAAAAAAGUUGUGCAAUUUGUUAUGUGAAACGAUUUUCCAAGCUUUCUUACAUGUAUUUUUUUAUAUUUUUGCCAUCUUCACUCCUGGCAAACAACCAUAUUCUGAGAUCAGUGAUGACCACCCAUCGUUGGUGAGCGCGCCCGCGAUAAUUGAUGAACUUUAGACUCCGCUAAUGCUUUCGUUUCCCCGGGUGUAAAUAGCCGGGGGGGGGAUUAGUACCCUCGCACGGCGCUUCGCGCCGUCGACUCGGGGACGAGACAUCA